UUUAGUUUUAAAUCUGUCUUUCUUUAGUACAGACGGACUGACUGUACAUUAAUUGUUUUUGUAAUAAAGCAUAUGGGGUCCUCGUAAGCCACCAUGUUAAAAUAACAUUUUUUUUAUAAAAAAAAAAAUUAUUAAAAAAAUAAGAAAAGAGAAUUAAGAAGCUUUUUAAUCAUCAAUAAAUUCUGCAAAAAAAUAAAUAAAUAAAAGGAAAGGAAAAUAAAAGAAAUAGCAAUAAAAAUAAAAAAAUAAAUAAAUAAUCAUGGCUGUGUUUGGUAUGGUUUCGGCUGUUGCCGGUUUUGUCAAAGUCAGAUAUCUUGUUGACAAAGCAAUUAUUGAUAAUAUUGUUUUUCGAUGUCACUACAGAUUAACCACAGCAAUAUUAUUUGUUUGUUGUAUUAUUGUAACAGCAAAUAAUUUAAUAGGGGAUCCAAUAUCAUGUAUAAAUGAUGGAGCUGUUCCAAUUCAUGUAAUAAAUACAUUCUGUUGGAUAACAUAUACAUUUACGAUUCCUGGCCAACAAUAUAAAAAAAUUGGAACUGAAGUUGCAAGCCAUGGUCUGGGAAAUGAAUUUGAUGAAGAAAAACGAUAUCAUAGUUAUUAUCAAUGGGUGCCAUUUAUGCUUUUUUUCCAGGGCUUACUUUUUUAUUUUCCCCAUUGGAUUUGGAAAAAUUGGGAAGAAGGUAAAAUCCGAAUGGUUACAGAAGGAAUGAGAGGUGUUUUAACUGCUUCAAAUGAAGAGCGUAGAAUAAAGCAGAAUCGUAUCGUUGAAUAUCUAAUUGUUAGCUUAAAAACACAUAAUGGUUAUUCUUUUGGAUAUUUUAUAUGUGAAAUUUUAAAUUUUAUUAAUGUUGUCGGAAAUAUUUUCUUCGUUGAUAAAUUUCUUGGUGGAGCAUUCAUGACUUAUGGUACAGAAGUUUUAAAGUUUUCAAAUAUGAAUCAGGAGAAUAGAUACGAUCCUAUGAUUGAAAUUUUUCCAAGGCUCACUAAAUGUACAUUUCACAAAUUCGGCCCAGGAGGUUCACCGCAAAAACAUGAUACACUUUGUGUUUUAGCCUUGAACAUUUUAAACGAGAAGAUAUAUAUUUUCAUAUGGUUCUGGUUCAUAAUUUUAUCAGUGUUAUCUGGAUUAGCAAUUUUAUAUUCAGCAAUAAUAAUAAUGAUGCCAACCAGUCGUGAAACUAUAAUCAAAAGACGUUAUCGACAUAGCUCCUCAAAAGAAAUUGAAAGAUUAAUACGUCGUUUAGACAUUGGAGACUUCUUACUUUUACAUCUGAUUGGACAGAAUGUUAAUAUGAAUUCUUACAGUGAAAUGGUUCAAGAAUUAUGCAAUAAUUUAGGAACAAGUACAGGUGGUACUCCGUCAGCUCCUUCAACACUUGAAAUGCAUCCAAUCUAUCCAGAAAUGGAUAAGUAUGGCAAAGAAACGGAAACUUAGAUUACUGUAAUAUCGAAGGAUAUAGUUUAAGUUAAAUUUUAAUUCAGAAACACAAUAGUAAUAAGUUAAAUAUAAUAAAACAUGAACAUGUUUAAUUUUUUUUUUUUUCAAAAAUUAUGUUUAAAUAAAAACAAUAACGAUAAAAUUAAAAUUAUAUUAAUAGGUAAAAAAGACUUAGAUUAACGAUAAUUUUAUAAUUAGAUCAAAAUUUUUAUUCUAAAUCAGAAAGAAUUCACAUUGUCAUUUUAUUUUAAUUUACUUAUAUACAUAUAUGUAUAAUUAAAAAUCAUUCUUUACUUUUUUAAGUAAUUCGUAUUUAGUGCCUGAUACAAAAACAAAAUAAAG